AUGUCUCCCAAAGUGGGCCAAAUCACAGACGACUUGUCGGCAGACGAGGUGGACGAGCGGCCGAGCAAGCGGACUCGCCGAAGCCUGGUCGCAUGUCGGCGAUGCCAUUCCCACAAAAUCAAGUGCUCGGGCGGCAACCCAUGCCGCAAUUGCGCACAGCAACCCGAAGGUAGCGUCGAGUGUAGCUAUCCGAUGAGAGACCGCAAGGUGUUGAUUCAAGAGAGGUUCGAGGCUUGCCUGUCUCCGAUUGAUUCUUGGUAUACCAGUGAUGCUGACCUGCUUCUCAUCAGCUAUCUAAAUCAAUUGCGACAAGAGAACGAAGCAUUUCGCCUGGGUCGAGGUCUGCCGGCGCAAGAAGCAAGUAAAACAGAGUCUCCAGAUCAAGCGCUGGAGGAAAAAGCCAACAUUGAAGAGUCGGACAGCCAGGAAAACGUCACGACCAAUGCAGAUUUCGACCUUCGGAAUCCAUUGAUCGAAGACAGGGCAUGGUUUGUUACCGACAAUGCCUCUCGGCAGCCUAUCUACAUUGGCGAGGCGGCAUGUACAGCAUUCGGCACGCGACUGAGACAGUUUCUGAAGGGGAACGACCCUGUUGCGGCGCUGUCGAGGUCCAAGUACACCAUUGAUAAAUCCUUUCUGCGUAUGCCUGACCCGAUUUUUCAGUUGCCCAACCGCGCGUAUGCAAAUCUGUUGCUGAAGGUAGCGUUGCGAUUUCUGGGCAAUGAUUAUCAUUUGAUGGCCCGCAAGUCGACACUAGAUCGAAUGGAAGCGCUCUAUCGCAACCAAUCCUCUGAUGAUCCCGUGUUUCUUUGCAAACUAUUUGCUCUCUUCUCGAUGGGGGAGAUGUACGCCAACCGGCGGCUGCCCUCUACAAAAGGAUCCGAUAUCCCUGGCACGGGGUUUUUUGUGCAAGCAAUGAGUCUGCUGCAAGAUAUCCACGAGGAGGCCUCAGUGUUGUACGUGGAGGCACUUUUGAUUAUAUCUCUUUUCUCCUUGGCCCUCAACCGCACCAAAACGGCCUAUACAUACGCAGGAAUGGCACUCCGUCUGUGCCUCACACUAGGACUACACCACAACCUUCCCGAGGGUUAUCCGGUUUCAGCUGUGGAGAGGGAACAUCGAAUUCGGGUCUGGUGGAGUGUGUAUAUUACUGAUCGUAUCACCAGCUCAAAACUAGGCCAUCCGGUCACUGUUCGGGACAGCGACAUCGAUGUCGACUUACCAUCUAUGGAUCGCCUGACCUCGGCCGAGCGAGAGGAGUUUUCUGACCCAUCUCAUCUGGUGGCCCAUGUAAAGCUUGCAAGAAUUACGGGAGAUAUAAUUGGCGAUAUUUACGGACGAUCAGGCCAGGCAAAGGCUUUUGUGCAGAGCGUGCAGAAGAUUCUACGCAGUCUACGGUCCUGGGCCGAGACUCUACCAGAAAGCGUUCAGAUCUCACCUGGAAAGCCACAAAAAUAUGCUGCGAGAAAUGUGGCUUCUUUGCAUUUGUGCUUCAACCAAUGCGUGAUUCUCACAACACGACCAAUAUUGUUUCAUAUUUUCAAAUCGCGUUUCCAGGCACAAGGAGCCCCGGCAGCCUCGCCGACGACGAUGGCUCUUGCAGACGCCUGUAUCCAUGCGGCACGCAGUUCGAACAGUCUUUUGACGCAGCUGUGGAUAGAUGGUGGCAUGGCGAUCUUUGGCUACUUUGACUCGCACUACCUCUUCUCCUCUACUAUCAUUCUCAUGAUGUCCAGUAUCUUUGGCACAUCCAGCAGCGAUGCAGAUCGUGAAGCGGUCGACACAGCUUCAGACAUUAUGCAGUCUAUGGUGCAAGACGGUAACUUACCUGCAGCCGGGUUUUACUCUCAUUUUCUCGAAAUCCGCAAGGGGUUACUUGAAUUUGUUGAACAGGGAGGCGGCCACCCUCAGAAUUCAACUCCGGCAAUAGGAGCAGCGACAACAAUGGGUGACCAAGGCCCGUUGGAGCAUGAAGUGAGGCUGAAUGCUGCUGCUGGUACGGGCCAGAUCAACGACAGCAAUAGCGCGUUUUUGGUCCAGAGCGCACUGGACGAUCCGUCCAUCCAGAGCUUUCUCACUCAGGGAGAUGUCCAAUGGGGAUUUCCGGCGGGGAUGGAAAUGGCGGGGGACAUGAGCUUGGCGGCACCGUGGCUGUUUGAGUAG